UUUUCUUAGGCCCAAGCUGAUGUUCAUUUUUUCAACUACAACGCCGAUCGAAUAGCCCAGAAAUAAGGUGGCGCGAUUUUCUGCUCACUUUCAAAUCUCUACUCUCCCACGCAAUCCCCAAUUCGAAAAACCUAAUAAAAUUCUCAAAUUUCCCAGAAAAAACACUCAUACACAACUGAGGAAAAGAAACCCAGAAAAGAGAUGGAGAAAAAUAGGCGAGUACUGUGUCCAGAGAAUGAGGAAUUAGCAAAUUACUUGCUGCAAAAGAGGCAAGAGCUAGCCGAUAAACCCAAAGGAAUAAAAGAAAACACUGACGUGACUCUUUCAAAGGCUUACAACAACAUUUGCAAUGCUCAGCAUCCCAUCAAAACACUCAAAGAUCUCAAUGACAUCAAAGGUGUUGGGAAAUGGAUUCUAGUGCUUAUGCGUGGCUAUUUCGAUAGUGGUUCAGGAAGUUCAGAAUCAGAAGAGAUAACUAGAAAGGGUAAAAAUACUAAAGGAAACAGACGUUAUUUGCCCCAAAAGAACUCAGUGGCAUAUGCGUUGUUGAUUACAUUAUACAGGGAGACUGCAGAUGGGAAUGAAUUUAUGCAUAAGCAAGAUCUUAUUGAUGCUGCCGAAGCAAGUGGGCUUUCACGAGCGCCAAUUGUGCCUGAGAAAGGAAAAGGGAAAUCCAGCCAAUUUGGAAGUUCUUCUAGGGACUGGUAUAGUGGAUGGAGCUGCAUGUCAAUGCUGAUAAAGAAGGGAUUGGUUGUGAAAUCAAGUUGUCCAGCAAAAUAUAUGCUAACGCCAGAAGGCAAGGAAGCAGCACGUGAAUGUCUCAUGAAAUCUAAAAUGGAAGAUCCCCUUGAAAAUUUGGUUGAUGUGGAAAGGCUUUCUCAACCAGACACACAGGAUGCAUUUGUUCAGGACUUAUGUCAUUCUGAUUCGGAUAUAGAAGAGAUAAAUGAAAGAGCUGCUUUUAAGAGGAAAACAUCCAUUGAUGUUCCACUUGAUUGUCUUGAAAGGUGUACUCGCAUGGGGUACUUAAAGGAACAAGUUUUGUCUGCUUUUGCUGAGGUCUCUGAAACUUCCAAGAACAAGGAGAUUUCUUCACUUUGGCCAGCGGUCUUGUGUCGCCUUCGAGAAGAUCAAGUUUAUGGGCAAGAAGCUCAUAAUGGAGUGCAAAGUAUUUGGAUGCAAUCAAGUAAAAAUGGUGGAGAUAUGCCGAACUUGUGUACGAUGAGAGCCUGUUCUUCCUCUAGACCAAGUUCAGAUGGUCUGACAGCAGAUAUGAAUGUCUUAAGUGUUCCACCUCUGAGCUUCGGGGAGAAAUUCGAGGAUACAUAUGAAGUAAUCUUAAUAUUAGAUGAUCGAGAGCAAUUUACCAGUCAAGGUGCGCGCUCCAAGAAAAUGUUAGAGAAGAUUUGCUCAGAAUUCAAAAUUAAAAUAGAUGUUAGAAGGUUGCCUAUUGGAGAUGGAAUUUGGAUAGCUCGCCAUAAACAUAUUUCCAGCGAAUAUGUUCUAGACUUUAUUGUUGAGAGGAAGAAAGUUGCUGAUUUACGGUCUUCAAUACGGGAUAACCGCUACAAGGACCAAAAACUAAGGCUUCUGAGAUCUGGACUAAAGAAGCUGAUAUUUCUUGUGGAAGGUGAUCCGAAUACUUCAGAAGCUGCUGAAAGCAUCAAAACAGCGUGCUUCACAACAGAGAUCCUGGAGGGGUUUGAUGUUCAGAGAACAAGUGGUUUACAUGAUACCCUGAGGAAGUAUGCGUAUCUUACUCGAGCAAUAGCUCAAUAUUAUAAGCUGCAUCUGCCUGAGGACCAUUCUAAAUUGUCUGGGGUCUGUCCUCCCUUUAAUGAAUUUAUCAAAAGGUGCCAAGAGCUGGAUAAAAUGACAGUCAGUGAUGUAUUUUCCAUUCAACUUAUGCAGGUACCCCAGGUGACCGAGGAGGUUGCCAUAGCCGUUGUCGAUUUGUAUCCAACACUAGUAUCACUUGCCAAUGCGUACUCUCUUCUUGAGGGUGACGUAUUUGCACAAGAGGAAAUGCUUAGGAAGCAAAGUAACAACAAGGUGAGCUCUGUUGCUAGUAAGAAUAUUUUUCGGUUUAUUUGGGGCUGAAUGUAUUAUGUUGUAUAUUGUAAAUCUAAAUAAGUUUCGGCUUUUCUUGAAUUUCAAAGUGUACUAAAUAAGAUUAGUCCUCCAUUAAUUACUUUGUUGCCAUUGCUAAACUGUGUUAUGUUAAGUCUCCAUUAAUCCUGAAAUGAUUGAACUGAAA